ACUGAUGCUGAAGCUCAGAGAGGAAGAGGAGAAGCAGAGGAGGAGGAGGAGGAGGAGGAGGUGCAGGUGCUGCUCCUCUCCACCCUCAGCUCCUGCUCCAGGCUGGACGCUCUGCCGGCUCUGGCCUCUGACGGCGUCUUGCUGCUGGGCCGCAGACUCUCCCAUCGCUCCCCAAACAUCCGCAGGGAGGCGGCUGCAGCCAUGAUGGCGCUCAGUGUUGGUGAGGACGGGAAGCGGCAGGUGUGCGAGGAGGCGUUACUUCCUGUCCUGGUCGGCCUGCUGCAGGACGAAGACGUCGAGGUUCAGGCCAACGCUGCAGGAGUCAUCAUGCACGCUGUGAUCAUCACGGCAGGUAAACAUCAGUGUCUGGAUCUGGACGCGAUCCCCAUCCUCCUCCACCUGGUGUCUAAGAGUAAAGAGGAGGAGGAGGAGCGGGAUAAGGAGAGGAGGAUGAGGAGGAAGGCCCUCAUCAUGUACUCCCUGCGGGCUCUGACCGCGCUGGCCGAAGCUCCAGACGGCCGCAGCCUCCUGCUGGAGCAGCUCCCCGUGCUGGUGGCGAGGAGCGAGGACGCAGAGGAGGACCAGGACGUCCGGCGGGCCGCUCAGACCGCCGUCAGGGUCAUCACCUGGACUCCAUGAGACGCAGAUGACCUCUGACCUCUAGAGCAGACCUGCUGGGUUCGCCUCAGCUGAUAAGAUAGUAAAUAAAAUAAUGAAUGAUAUUA